UUAUUCGUGACCGUUGCGCGUUUAAAUUUAUUAAGCGUAAUAUUCCCAAGUACGCAAAUGGUUUCUGCUUUUUUUUGGUUAACAAACUAACACCAAAAGUGAAAGGAAAAACUUGCAGAAUGUUUCUGAAGUUGUUGCUGCUGGCAGCAGUGCUCCAGUGUGCUUUGAGUCUUCCGGUGGUGAAACCUAAGAAGGAAGAAAUUGUGGAAGAGAAGCCACAAACACCGAACGAUGGUCUCGAAGAUUACGUCGAGUAUCAUCGUUACAUAAGGGAGGUGGUGAACGCUCUGGAGUCUGAUCCGACUUUCCGCGAGAAACUGGAGAAGGCCGACGAGGAGGACAUUCGUUCUGGAAAGAUUGCGCACGAAUUGGAGCUGGUUUCUCAUCACGUUCGGACUCGUUUGGACGAGAUCAAGAGGACAGAGUUGCAGAGGUUGAGGGAACUCGUGGCCAAGAGGAACGAGUUGAUGGGAACCGUCGAUGUCGAUGAUCCGAUGCACCAUCACGUGGAUCACGGUAAUCCGCACACCUUCGAGAUCGACGAUCUGAAGAAGCUGAUCAAGAAGACCAGCGAGGAUCUGGCGAAGGCGGAUAGAAUUAGGCACGAGGAUUUCAAGCAGUACGAAAUGCAGAAGGAGUACGAGAAGCAGGACAAGUUGAAUCACACGAGCGGUGAUGAGAGGGAAAAGUUGCAGCAGCAAUACCAAGAAAUGGAAGAGAAGCAUAAGAAACACGAGAAACUGCACACGCCUGGGCACAAGCAACAGCUUGAGGAAGUUUGGGAGGAGCAGGAUCACAUGCAGCAGGAUUUCGAUCCAAGGACUUUCUUCAUGUUGCAUGACUUGGAUUCCAAUGGACUUUGGGAUCAGGAUGAAGUCAAGGCGUUGUUCAUAAAAGAGUUGGAUAAGAUGUAUUCAGCUGCAGCUCCUGAAGAUGAUAUGAGGGAACGUGUGGAGGAGAUGGAAAGGAUGAGGGAAUCCGUCUUCAAGGAAAUGGAUACUAACGGCGAUGGUUUCAUCGAUUACCAAGAGUUCGUUCAACAGACCAAACGCAACGACUUCGAGAAGGAUAACGGAUGGCAGGGAUUGGAUGAGCAGAAGCCUUACACCGACGAAGAGAUGGAAGCUUACAUCAGACAGUAUCAGAUGCAACAUCCUCCACCGCCGGGAUAUCCUAACGACAUUCCACCAAUCAACCACAACCAAGUCUAUCCACAACCACCCGGACAUCCAAAUCAGGUUUACCCUGCAGGUCAAGUGCCGCAAGCGCAAUUCCAUCCUGGGCAAAUGCCGCAGGCGCAAGUGAAUCCUCAUCAAAUGCCGGUAGGAAACUACCAUCAAGGUCAACAUGAUUUGAACACCAACGAGAUUUAUCCGAGCCACGCAAAUUAUCCAGGUAAUCCGCCGCAGGCUAAUUACCCAGGUAACCAGCAACCGCACCCAAAUCAGGUUUAUCCAGAUACUCAAAAAGUUAGUGGACAAGGACAAUACCAACAACCUCAACAAGCUGCGCAGCAAGUAAACAAUAAUGCAGGCAACGCAAAUUAUCAGUAUCAGCAGCAAAACAAUCCACAAUACCAACAACAAAAUAACCAAGCACAUCAACAACAACAACAACAAAAUUAUCAAGCUAAUCAACAGCAGAACAAUCAGAUUCAUCAACAAACGAAUCAACAGCAGCAAAUGAAUAAUCAACAACAACAACAGAUCAACAACGUUCCACAACAGCAGCAGCAACACACUGCCAAUCAACAACAACAGCAGCAACAACCGUUGACAAAUCAACAUAAGGAUGCUAUAAAUUCCAAUGCGAUUCCGAAGGCUGUCUAAUUUCGCAUCCCUUAAUUUUACCUAAUAAUUGUAUUUAACCGCAUUUAGUCGAAUAUUUUAUACAUUUUUUUUUAUUUACCGAAGAUCAA